GGGCCCGGGCGGGCGGCGGCAGAGCCGGGGCAGCCUCCCCGCGGGCCGGGGCGUGCGGCGGGAUGGGGCUGGAGCUGUACCUGGACCUGCUCUCGCAGCCCUGCCGCGCCAUCUACAUCUUCGCCCGCAGCAACAACAUCCCCUUCGAGUUCAAGCAGGUGGAGCUGUUCAAAGACUCGGUGCUGGGGAAGCGGCCGGCGGCGGGGAGCGGCGCGGAGCAGCCCCGCGCAGGAGCAUCAAACAGUGAAGGAGCUGGCAAAGUCAGCCUCUUGAAGAAAGUACCAGCACUAAGGGAUGGAGACUUCACUCUAGCAGAAUGCACGGCCAUCCUGCUGUACCUGAGUCGAAAGUACAGCACUCCAGACCACUGGUACCCCUCAGACAUACAGAAACGGGCCCAGGUGGAUGAAUAUCUCUCAUGGCAUCACACCAACAUCCGGGCCAACGCUCCUAAGACCAUGUGGAUCAAGGUGUUGAUUCCCCUCUUCACGGGGCAGCCGCUGCCCUCCGAGAAGCUCCAGGAGGUUAUGGAGGGGCUGUACACCUCCCUGAAGCAGUUUGAGGAGAGAUUUCUGCAGGACAAGGCUUUUAUCAUCGGGAGCGAGAUCUCUCUGGCAGAUCUGGUGGCUGUUGUGGAGCUGAUGCAACCUGUUGGAGUUGGUUGUGACAUCUUUGAAGACAGACCCAGGCUGAUGGAGUGGCGCAGGCGGGUGGAGGAUGCUGUGGGGAAAGAGCUUUUCUUCCAAGCCCAUGAGAUGAUCCUCAAUAUAAAAGAACUGAGCAACAUUCAAAUUGAUCCACAGCUGAAAGAGCAUCUGGCACCUGUGUUGAUGAAGAUGUUGAAAUGAAUUAACCUAUCUUACCACUUUUGCUGCCCUUUUGUUUUUAGACUUCUCUGACCUCCAGUUCUACAUGUAAUUGGACAGAGCACUAAUUCUAACAAAGAAAUUGCAUAGUGUUUCUCCCCAGCCAAGCCUUUCCUGUAUCUUUGGGGGUGGGAACUGGGGACAAUGGAUGAAUAAGACCUGAAACAUUAAAUCUGUAUAAAAGGCUGAGGCCCUACAAGUCA